AUGGCGGAACGACAUGGCGACAUGGCAACUGGUAAGAACGAUCUCACUAUAAAUACUUUGAAUGGGGAGAGUAGUAAUAAUAUUAUCAUCGGUACCGAUGCUAACAGACAGAUUGGCGAAUUAACAAUAAACAACCAGAAACCUAAUGAGGAGGUGAUUGAAUGGAAUGAGGACGAGGAGGCUCGUAUCGAAUUGGGGCUGGUUGGAGAAACAUGGACUAAGCGUAGUAUUAAUAUUAAUGCCUUUAUGACUACAAUAAAGAAGGUAUGGCAACCCAUACAUGGACUGGAUAUUAGCAGUUUAGGGGAGAACAAGUAUGUGUUCCAAUUCCACCACUGGAGAGAUAAGUUGCGGGUGGUCGAGGGUCAGCCCUGGCAUUUCGAUCGUCACGCAAUUUUGCUGAGGGAUAUAAGUGAUGCUACAAAGCCAUCUAAUAUGGUGUUGCACGAACUGCCCAUGUGGGUCAGGGUAUAUAACCUACCUUUCAAAGGGCGACUGAAACGGGAAAAUGUGGAAGCCCUAGGCAAGAAGAUUGGGCGUUUUAUUAAAGCGGACGUUUUCGGAUCAGUGGGCAUAGAUAAAUCGAUCCGACCCCGCAUCAAUGUGGAUGUGAGGAAACCACUGACACAUAAAAUUAAAGUCAAGAUGAGGGGAGGAGAGGAGGAUUUCGUUGAGGUUAAGUAUGAAAAACCUCCCCUUUAUUGCUUCUAUUGCGGCUUAAUGGGACAUGGAAUCAAGGACUGCCCCGAAUGCCGAGACGAGGAGGAUCCGCAGGUGAACUAUGGGGGGUGGCUUAAGGCGUCACCAUGGAAGCGGAUGCGGUAG